AUUUUUAUAUAAAACAUAAAUUUUAAACAAAAAAUAGCAUAUUAAUUUUAAUAUUUUGAAUAUACACAUGUUUUCUAUUAUAAGAAGCUGGCGUGUGCGUGUAUGGAAUGAAGUGUUUGCAUCUUUUGCAAAACGUGCAUUUUCUACGACUCAGAUUUCAAAAAUGGAAGUAGAAAUUGAGAUUGACGGGAAACCAAUCAUGAUUGAACAAGGAUCUGUACUGAUUCAAGCAUGUGAAAAAGCAGGAAUUCAAAUACCUCGAUUUUGUUAUCAUGAGCGCUUACAAAUUGCUGGUAAUUGUCGUAUGUGUUUAGUAGAAGUAGAAAAAGCACCCAAACCUGUUGCUAGUUGUGCAAUGCCGGUAAUGCCAGGCAUGAAAAUCAGAACUAACUCACAAAUGGUUCAUAAAGCACGUGAAGGUGUUAUGGAAUUUUUACUUGCAAAUCAUCCUUUGGACUGUCCUAUUUGUGACCAAGGUGGAGAAUGUGAUCUUCAGGACCAAUCUAUGCGCUAUGGAUCAGAUCGAGGACGGUUUUAUGAACAUGUAGGAAAACGUGCUGUUGAAGACAAAGAUCUUGGUCCUCUUAUAAAAACUACAAUGACAAGAUGUAUCCAUUGUACUCGCUGUGUUCGUUUUGCAAACGAACUUGCCGGUGCUGCAGAGCUAGGUACCACUGGUCGAGGUAAUGAUAUGCAAAUUGGAACAUAUCUCCAGACUCAUCUUAAUUCUGAAAUGUCUGGAAAUAUUAUUGAUUUAUGUCCAGUAGGUGCACUUACAUCAAAACCCUAUGCUUUUCGUGCACGUCCAUGGGAAUUAAAACGAACAGACUCAAUUGACAUACAUGAUGCUGUUGGGUCUUCUAUUUCUGUGAACAGUCGUGGAUUGGAAGUUAUGCGAAUUUUACCAAGACUUAAUAAUGAUGUUAAUGAAGAAUGGAUCAAUGAUAAAACACGGUUUGCAAAUGAUGGAUUAAAAAUUCAGCGUUUAGAAAUUCCUCUUAUUCGUAAAAACGAUAAAUAUAUUCCUGCAACAUGGGAUCAGGCAUUAUGUGAAAUUUCAUCAGCCUAUAAACGUAUUUCGCCUAUAGGCGAUGAAUUUAAAGCAAUUUCUGGUCACUUAGCUGAUGCUGAGUCAUUAGUUUGCUUAAAAGACUUAACGAAUCGUUUAGGAUCUGAAAAUCUUGCUCUCGAUCAGCCUAAAGGAAAUGAACCUCUUCCACAUGGAAUCGAUAUUAGAACAAAUUAUUUAUUCAAUUCUACUAUACGAGGAGUUGAAAAAGCUGAUUUUAUUCUACUUGUGGGAACAAAUCCUCGUCACGAAGCAGCAGUUCUCAACUCUAGAAUCAGAAAAUCAUGGCUUCGUUCUAAUAAUAUUGAAAUUGCUAUGGUUGGAGAAAACCCAUUAACUACUUAUCAUUAUGAAUAUAUUGGGGAUAAUGCCAUUGCUCUAAAAGAUGCAUUAAAUGGAAAUAUUGGAAAAAAAUUAAAGGGAUGCAAAAAACCUAUGAUUAUUAUUGGAAGUGCAGUAGCAGAACAACCCGAUGCUAAAUUUAUCUAUGAAACUAUUGGAAAGUUUAUUAAUAAAAACAAAAACAUUUUUUUAACGUCAGAAUGGAAUGGAUACAAUGUCUUGCAAAGAGUUGCAUCUAGAAAUGCAGCAUAUGAUAUUGGAUUUGUUACAUCAUCUCCUAAAACAGUAUCUGUUAGACCAAAGUUCAUCUAUCUUCUUGGCGCAGAUGAAUUUGCUGCUAAAGACAUUCCAGAAGAUUCAUUUGUUGUAUAUCAAGGACAUCACGGGGAUCUUGGAGCACAAUAUGCAGACGUGAUUUUGCCUAGUUGUGCAUAUACAGAACAAUCUGGGACUUAUGUUAAUCUUGAGGGAAGAACGCAAAUUACACAAGCAGCAAUAAAUUCACCUGGUGUUGCUCGCGAAAAUUGGAAAAUAAUUAGAGCAUUAUCCGAAUAUCUUGGUGUAACCCUUCCAUAUGAUGAUAUUCAUGGUUUACGUAACAGAAUGAAUCAAAUUGCGCCCUCUUUAACUCGUUAUAAUGUUAUCGAAUCAUGUUCCAUGUCAGAUCUUGGUAUGAAAGUUCAGAUACAAGAUCAUAACGAAGAAUCACAAGCAAUCGGUCAUACACUUAUGAAUCCAAUCACUGAUUUUUAUCUAACAGAUGUCAUUUCACGAAAUUCAAAAACAAUGGCAAAAUGUUCAGCUCAUUUUUCAAAAAAAGAAUCACAAGAUAAAAUAUUUCAUUAAUGUAUUGGUAUCUUUACUGCUUUUUUUUAUCUAAUUAAUUA